GACAAGAUGCCUUCAUCUGAUCUCACUCUCCGCAUAAAAAGCACGCUAGAUCCUUGAACUUGGAUAGUUGGUCGUGCUGUUCACGCUCCUUGGUCCCCGGUACAUGCAGCUGGUGGCAGUAUUCUGCCACCCUUUAGCAGCACCUAGACACUUGGACCCUCGUCUCCUUCCAACAUGUCUGAGACUAUGUGAAGUUGUAUUUGUUUAUGCUGCUACUUCCACUGAUGAUCAUCACGUGUAUUGACAAUGCGCAUCAAUAUGGUAUCGGUGAUAACUAUGCCGAAUCCACCAAGGAACUGAUCCUUCUCUGACAGACUGGCAUUGCUUUUAUCACUACCACCAACAUCGCUUACUUCCCCUUGGUAUUAACAAGGAGGGCAUUAUUCAAGUGAUGCCUGAUAGCUUCUAAAAUAACGUUUGUCAGAAACGGUUCUAUGUGGUUUCUCACAACAUACUGUAGCUGUUUAGCUGAUCUGCUCUAAACGUUGACGACAGCAUCAAACGCGGUGCUUCUAGGCACUUCAGUCAAACAUUGGGGGAUUCGACUACUUCUCACUGUAACUCGUCAAAGGGAAUAUGUUUACUUGGCGACUGCUGUCUGUCCUGCUGGUGUCUGUCCUCACCCAGUACACGCACAUUCGAGGCGAUACCGGUUCCGUCCUCAACACCCUCUUCAAGGACUUCUACGCCUGGCGCUUGGCCGACUCCAAGCAGCUUGUCACCUUCGUGGGGACGUACCACUUCAAUGACAGGCUCCAGUCGUUCAAUAUAUCACAGAUGAUCGAGAGACGUGAUAAAGCGAACAGCUUCCUAGUGGACCUUGAGCAGAUAGACCCAGCCGAGUUGGGUGACUCGGACGUGAUCAACUACAGGAUCUUCAAGGCUGUGUUGACCACCUACGUAAAAGGCUUCAAGUGGAGCAGAUUCGGGUUGCUGAACCCUGCGAACUUCCUGGAGAGUUUACACCUGGACCCGGUCCACGACGUGCAGACCACGCCCUUCCUCACACGCGGGGACUAUGAGAACUUCAUCGCACGUCUUCACAACAUUCCAUUCCAGCUCAGCCAGUAUAAAGAGCUGUACAGAACAGCAAUGACAAUAAACCGAACAUCACACAACGCGUCAGUGGAUCGUGUGCCGGGGCAGAUAGAGCGGCUGCUUGUGGACCCAGAACAGUCGGCCUUCUACCAACCAUUCACAGCACUUCUCGAAGAACUGCCAAUAGCUAUACAAGUCAAAAGGGAAUUAAGAGACAGGGCACACGUUGCAAUCCAAGGUGUACUCAGAGCAGCCCUUGUCUGGAAGACAUUCUUGGAAAAAGAAUAUAUCCCAAACACGAGACCAAAAUGGUGUGUGUGGUCCCUUCUCUUCGGAUUGGACUAUUACAAGACCUUUCUUGGUUGGCAUCUGUCAACAGACAUGAGCCCAGAGAGUGUUCACCAGAUAGGACUUCACGAGGUGGAGAGGAUCGUGGGGCUGAUGCAGAAUAUCAUGGAAAGACAGAAUUUUAGUGGAUCUGUUGCAGAGUACUUUGCGAUGUUGAAGAACGACACGUCAUUGCAUAUGGAAACAGAGGAGGAAUUACUGGAAGCAUACCAGAAAAUUAUCAAUGAGAGUGUGGAGCCAAGGCUGCCUGAAAUGUUCAUUAAUCUCCCUAAUCUACCAUUAAAGGUGGAGCCCAUGUCGUAUGAUGGUUCUGUGGCGCAAUACAUCCCUGGGUCCGCGGAUGGCUCAAGUCCCGGUACUUUCCUUAUCAAUCUGCAUCGACCACAAGAAACGGGGACGUACGUCAUGGUGCCUUUCACGCUUCAUGAGUCGAAACCUGGCCAUCAUCUCCAGAUCAGCUACGCGCUGAAAGCAAGUCUGCCUAGUUUCCGGCGCAAUACGGGAUUCCAAUUCCCCUACUACACAGCUUAUGUCGAGGGUUGGGCAACGUACGCUGAGUCCCUUGGAGAAGAACUUAACCUCUAUCAGUCCGACAUUGAACUCAUGGGCCGAUACAGUCUAGAAAUAUUCCGGGCUUGCAGACUGGUCGUGGAUACAGGCUUGCAUUAUUAUGGGUGGAACCGCGAAGACGCGAUCCAGUACAUGCUCAACUACACAUCCUUCUCCCGGGGGGACAUAACGAAAGAGGUCGACCGAUACAUCACGGGGCCAGGACAGGCAUGCGCAUACAAGAUUGGCGAAAUCAAAAUAAAAGAGUUACGGAAGAGAGCACAGGAUGCAUUGGGUGAGCUGUUUGAUAUCCGGGAAUUCCACUCCGUGGUGCUGGAGAACGGCCCCAUGCCUCUCACCAUCCUGGAGGAGAUCGUGGACGACUGGAUCCUGCACUACAGGCCCUCCACCGUGGAGGAGACGUGCACAGACGCCGCACACACACAGCACGUCUCUGUUCUUAUGUCUCUGUGUCUCAUCACACUGAGUCUAUCUUAGUGGCUGAGCGACUGGCUUCCCCGGCUGACAAGUGCUCACAAUACGAUUACCCUGUCUCCAUCUUACUCUGUUACUGUGAGGGUGACGGUCUGGUUUGUCCGCCCGUCACAUAAAAAGACAAUCUCGCCGUCUCAGACUGGGAAAAAACUACAUAGUACUGACAUCCUGCCAAGAGCUCAUAACAUGAGUCAUGCCCCUUUGGAAUAAUUGCAUCUCAUCACUGGUGAUAUAUGACGAUAUUAUAUUACUGCAAUAAAUACCAUUUGUUGCUUGGGAUACAAAUACUUAAAUGUUUGGAAACCACGCAGUCCAUGGCUCCAGGUGCAUGCCUCCCCCCUACUGGUAGACCUAUGCACGACUGCCGGAACUCUUCACGGCCACGCCUUAUCAAUACAAUCAGCGACGUCAGUUUGUGUACAGCCACAUGUUCCUGGACUCAUUCUUGUGUCUCUAUAUUUAUGCAAACCCACGUGAUGGCAUUGUCAGAAUCAUCAGGCCACCAUUGAAGAAACAAACAAGCGACAUUAUCAACCUUCUUCUUCUAUGCUUAAGGUUUUAUAAAGUUGUCAAAGUUCCACACUCAGCGGGCGAUCUUACGACAAGGCAGUUCGGGCGUCAGAGAGUUAUGGCGUGUGUUUGUGCAGUAAGUGCAUAAAGAUCGGUGGGUAGUCCAACUUUGUGUGUAAGUUAUACCAAAGUGGCUGUCAGAUAUAAUUAAUCCCACAACGAGUUGUUUCAAAACGUAUCUAACGAGUGAAAGCGACUGAGAUACGCGUGGAAACAACGAGUUGUGAGAUAAAUGGUAUCUGACAGACACGAGUGCAAGUAAUCUGUACUUAACCUAAUAUCGCACCUCUAUAGCAUCUAUAAUGCAUUUUGUCUCUUCUCAUGACCGCAGUGGCGCAUUACUACAUAACACAACGGUCAUGACGUGUGACGUCAUCCGACUUACUGCUUACUACGCAUAAAUAAUGUGACCCUACACAAAAAAGUUUACGCCAUAUCUGUGGAUUAUCAAGGCGAUGAUGAUAAUGCAAACUAGAUAUUAUCAAAGAACCCACUGAAUGCCGUGAUGGACCCGCGAAGAUCCGGGGUAGAACAGGUCUUGGGCAACCCAUUCUUGCUGGCUGUAAAAAGCGACUAUACUUGUCGUAAGGGGCGACUAACGGGAUCGGGUGGUCAGGCUCGCUGACU